AUGGCAGGUUUGUUCCCUGGUCUGGUGUUCCUUGUGUUUGCUCCCAUCUGUCUCCCCAACCCUGUGCCGGCUGGAACAUUUCAGACCGAAUGCCAUGAACGUCACUUCUGGCUGUCCAUCCAGGCCAGCUUCCUCGGUACAAUGGUCCGUUUUGACUUCGAAGAUCAGGAUGGAUUCCACAUCCUGUCAGACCAGGAGGCCACGGACUGCGGCUACACCAUGUUGCUAGACCGCAACGGGGAUCUGGUUUUCCGCGCCUCCUUCCUGGCCUGCCAUGUGCACAGCAAGGGGGACACAGAUUAUCACCUGCGUGUGUGGUUUGUGAACCGCCAGGCUGAUGGCACAGUGGCGGUGUACCCCUUCCAGCUCCGCUGCACCCUCACAUGGCCGUGGGGCACCAGGGAGAUGGUCUGUGAGGAAAACUACAUGGAGAGCGCUGGCGUGGCGAAGAUGGUUGUGAUGUUCCACACAGCGGGCCAGCUUGCUCCACAGACCAAGGCCUGGUCCGUGGUGGAGGCCACCACCCUGGGCUACCACAUCUCAGAGAGGGACUCGCGUCUCAUCCUCCGCUGCAGCUACUCUUCCCCUCACUCCUUCAUCGCCAUGGAAGAGGGAGUGGAUGUGGAGGUGGUGAGAGCCACCAUAAUUUAUCCAGUCCAUGGAAGUCUCCUGGCUAUUGACACCACAGUGGCCUGCAUGCUGAAUGAGGCUACAGUGGACGGGUCCUCCCUGGUUUGGCGGGUUCCCCGCGUCCUCUCCUCGCUGGUCCGGGCGGGUUUCAGGGACCGAGGGAUGAGGGUUGGCGUGGCGAGCGAGGUGCUAAGUGAGCGUGACCUUAAAGAGCGGCGGUAUCAGAUCGACCUGAAGGAGGGACUGGUAGAGGUCAGGAUUCCCCUGGGGGCCCGCGGCGGGCACAUCAAGAGUGGUGUUGUGCAUGGUCAGUACAGCCAGUCCAUGUCUGUUGACUUGUUCUUCAUGCGUCAGUGGGAAGACCAGCAUUGGCCCCUCACACAGCACCGCUCCUUCAGGCUCCUGCAGACCCCGCUGGUCCCACGGAGGCUAGCCGUCAUCAAUAACACAGUGCCAUCUGAGGGACACUUUUCCGUCACUUUGGGCGUCUUCCCCCCAGAUGUGGCCCUUCAGAUGGUCUCAGUAGGGGAAUGGGGGGACCCUUUCAUCUGGACCCAUAUGCAAAAUCAAAGCAGUGGAGAGCUGAGGGUAUCCAAGGUCCCUCAUCCCAACGGGACCUACUCCUACCAGAUCAGUGUACCUUUUUCAAACUCGCAUGUAACUCAAGAGUAUUUAGGUGUUGGCUACAGGAAGUAUAGCCUCCCUUUGACCUUCGGUCUUACCAUCUUACCGAACGGUGGGGUCUUCUACCAUCGAGCCACCGUAGAGAGUUAUGUUCGAGAACAAACAGCGCUGGCUUCUCCCAGGCUGGAAGGGAGGUGCACCACGAGGGGAGUGCUGGUGAUGCUGCACUAUGGGGACCGGGGGGAGAUGCAGUGGGAGUUGUUCCUGGGCUCCCGCAGGCUGGACUGGGAGCUGGUGGAGAUGGGAGACUUCAGGCUGGAGGCGGAGGAGGACUACUUCAGCGUGGAGAUCCCUCUCUACAGCCCUGGGAUGACCUACGAGGAGUUGACUUUGAGAGGCCUCGUCGCCAAAGUGGAGAUUUCUGUGAUGGAUGUCGACUCUCUGAAAGUUGAGGGCCGCCUUGUCCAGCGAUGCACCUUUUCCGUCAGAGAGCUACUUGUGUGUUUGCCAGAAGGAAGGAUGGUAGCUGUGGUCGACACAACCCACACCAUCCCGGCCACACAGCCGAACCGCACCACCCUGUUGGACCCCAGCUGUGGUCCCCUGGAGACUGACAGCGCCAGGGCCCUGUUCAACUUCAGCCUGGCCUCCUGCGGAACCACUGUGACUUCUGAGGGAAAUUUUCUGGUUUAUGAGAACCAGGUGAUAUACCAGCAAGAUUAUCUCCAUUCGGACGAUCAACUCAUACACAGAGAUUCACCGUACAGGUGGGGAAAAAUGCAGCACAAAAAACACAAGCAUAGGGGCAUCCGGGUGGCGUAG